GUAAUUCGGAUUUCAGCGUCAGCAUGGCUGACACGUGACACUGUGCAGGAUCUACGCUUCCGGACAGAACUGAAGCUACAAGCAUCGUGAUCGCCAGUGCGUGGGUACUGGUAAGCAUUUUCUAAUAUCUACCAGUAAUCCACAGCACUGUGCAUUGUGUAAUGUUAUUAUGAGGGUUUUUUUGAAAGAUUACAGACAGCAAAGGCUGCUAGUACUGGCUAAAAAUCUUAAUCGGCGGAAUCAACUACUGUAUUUGAACAUUGCCCUUUGUGUACGUUCGUCCGGCUAAACACAGGUCGAAGGAGCUGACAUGGCUCUUGUGCCGUAUGAAAACCACACCUCGUUACCCGGUCUCAGCAAGCUGCACGAGCCUUCUGCUACGUUUCAUUUCGCCAAACACAAGAUCCACAUCAGACAGGACUGGAAGCGUCUGGGUGUUGCAGCCGUGGUGUGGGACGCUGCAGUGGUUCUUUGCACGUUCCUGGAGCUCGGCUCGAUUGCAUUGGAAGGCAGCUCUGCUGUGGAGCUGGGGGCAGGAACAGGGCUGGUGGGAAUUGUAGCUGCUUUGCUUGGUGCUAAAGUGACCAUCACAGACCGAGAACCAGCAGUUGAAUUCUUAGAAUCCAAUGUCCAAGCCAAUCUGCCACUUGACUUUCAAGCAAGGACGAAAGUCACAGAACUGACUUGGGGGGAAAGCCUGGAUCGCUUUGAACGAGGCGGCUAUGACCUGGUUUUAGGAGCUGAUAUCGUUUACCUGGAAGAGACCUUUCCUGAUUUGUUAAAAACACUGGAAUACCUGAGCUCGGAGAGGACUGUGAUCCUGCUUUCCUGUAGGAUCCGCUACGAACGAGACCAGGAUUUCCUGAAGAUGCUACAGCAGGGUUUCACAGUGGAAGAGGUCCAUUACGAGCCAGAGAGGGACGUUUACAUAUACAAGGCACAGAAGCGUAGAGUGAAAGAAGACUUGUAAGCCCACAUGAGCAGGACGUGUUCAAGGCUAUUCUGCUGAGUUUCCAAACCGCGACACAACGUAGCUAUGCCAGGUCAAAGGUUACAUAUACACUGUGAGAAGUUUUCCGUCCCGCGUGUCUGUUUGUUACAUCGUCAGCUAAUGACGAUUUAAUCGAUUAAACUAUUGGCCGUGUGUCAUAUUUAAUCAUAUCAAUUAAACCUGGACUGUGGUGAUACUACUGCGCGAUUCGCACAGGACUAAAAAUCACAUAAACAGGUGCGAACCAUCCAGUUAUUUUUUUUAUUUUUUAUAAAUUUAGUCAUUGCCAAUUAUUUUUAUUAUUUUCUUCCCAAUUUGGAAAUGCCCCAUUAUUUUUAGGCUCAGCUCACCGCUACCACCCCUGCGCUGACGCGGGAGGGCGAAGACGAACACACGCUGUCCUUCGAAACGUGUGACGUCAGCCGACCGCUUUUUUUUCACACUGCGGACUCACCAUGCAGCCACCCGAGAGCUACAGCGUCGGAGGACAACGCAGCACUCGGGCAGCUUACAGGCAAGCCCGCAGGCCCCCGGCCAGACUACAGGGGUCGCUGGUGCGCGGUGAGCCGAGAACACCCUGGCCGACCUAACCCUCCCUCCCCCCGGGCGGCGCUCGGCCAAUUGAGCGCCGCCCCCCCUGGAAGCUCCCAUCCUCGGUCGGCAAAGGAAUAGCCCGGACUCGACCUCGCGACGUCCAGACUACAGAGCGCAUCCUGCACUCCAUGUGGCCCCUAUCCAGUUAUUUUUAUCACAGAUCAUUUUCUCAGAGGUCCUUCUGAUUUUUUCGAGACCUUCUGUAAAAUGUCAAACUCAAGUGUCCUGUGUCUCUUUAAUCCCGUGCGAAUCGACCAUGUUAGUGUUAUGUUAGAAUUGAUACAGCGUUUCCGGGGUAUUCACCUCAAAGCAAUACCAGCAUUCACAAUAAUCCAUAAUAUAAUAUUAAAAUUGGUACGUUCUGUCCUGAGAUUCUCCAGGUCAGUAAAACGCUACGAGUGUGCAUUUGGGGACGGGCAAAAAUACAAAACAUAAUUGCCGACUCUUGAAUGCUGCAUUUAAAGAUAUGUACAGAAAUACAUAUCACUCAAGGGACGAAGCGGUUAUUCAAGCCUUUGGAAAAUACGGUACAACAAAACAGGUUAUUUACACCCGCUUCAUUGUUUACAAAGCAUGCAAAACAUUGCAUUUCAUUUUGAAUUUACCAACUUCCCUUGAUAAAGACUAAUCCUCGUCUGGGAGGUUCCAAGGCAUCCUCAGCUUUUGACCAACUCUGAAGACGGCUGGUUUUCAGUCCCGUGUGAAUCAUGCUUAUGGGGCCCGAGUUGCCUCCCCCUGAGUUAAGUGAUCUGAUCUGUGCAAGUCUAUUUUAUAAAUCAUUUCUGUAAUCAGUUUUAAAAGCAAGGGUUCAAUUCUGAUCUUAAUCUGGCACUGUUGUUCCUCUAAUGGUUUAGUUUCUAAGUAUGUUUACCUUGCUUGUGUACUGUAGAGAGCGGUGGGCUUUGUGAGAUGUGUUUGAACAAUGGAAUAACCUGAAAACUAGGAAAUGUUUAAAGAUACCAUAGAAAACCCAUGCCAGGCAUAUAAAUAACACAUUGCAGGUGUCAGUAUUAUGAAAAAGUAGGUCACAACCUACUUCACAGCAGGCAAGAACAUUGAAUAAGACUCUUUAGUAAGCUAGGUCCAGUGUGUCUAACUUCACAGCAACAUUCUAUAUCAUUUUACAGAGAGGACGCUUCUAUUAACCGGUACAUUGGUACAUUAGUUUACUGUACAGCUGUUAAUAUGCUGUGGAAUUGUAAAACUAAAUACACAUGAAUUAGUUGACAACACACAAAAAGGAGUUUUUUUUUUUUCUUUUCCCUUAACUUUAAAAGCAAAUUUAAUGCGCUUCACAGAAAUGUCUGUCUGUAAAAGGAUGUUAACAGUUUCGUUUCACAAGCUGAAUUAAAAAAAAAACAAAAAAACAGGGAGGUGGGUGCAGAGUUAAUGUCAAUACAGAAAUAAAUGACCCCCCCG